GGGCGUGUAUAUGAGUGUGUACACUUUCAUGUGCGUGUGUGUAUGUGUGUAUAACUCCGCAAGGAAGGAAGUAUGGGUAAUCGUUACUGUCCUUUCCGCGGCUGGUCAUGGGCUGUAAUUACAUUUAGAUCUCUUCUACUUUUCACUACAGAUUUGUUUUACCCUUACCUCCCCCCGCCCACCAACCAGGACUUCAGCGGCUCACUGUUCGUUGUCUUGCGGGGGGACCUCAGUCUUCCUUUCUGAGAGUUCUGAGUCUUUCCUCGUCCUGUCACUAGGGGGCGCUGUGGGUUGCCAUUCAUUUUUAGCACAUGACAUGACAGUCCUAGGAGGCACCCCAGGGACUCUCCUGGGUUCCAGAUCCCCUCCUCCAUGCCCCUACUGUGUUGCAGUAACCCUACUUCCCCUUAAAAUAAUCAGGCUUACAUCCCCAUCCAACAUGGUAACCCUCUUUUUUUCUUACCCGUUGGCCCAGUGGCAGUGGGACACACUCGUGGCCAGGUUGUGUUCUUCUGGCAAAAGUAUUCCCCUCUUGGGUACUAAGCCUCUUAACUGGCACAGGCCAAGGUGCUUUCCCCUUGUGGUCAGGGCUGACCCCGAGGGAAGCUCUACUUCUGGAUCCUCCCAGCCAUCCCUGGCCACAAGCAGCUUUACCUGUUCAGCCAGGACGCGAAACAAAUUCUAUCAUUUUCUCGAUGUCCCGUGAUGUGACACAGCAGAGAUCUGGUAGACGCUUGUGCAUCCAGGCUUACUGUCUCUUCUCGCGUGGAGACUUCUGUGUAAAUGAGCCUGAGUGGGUCCUCUGGAAGAUGGAGCCCAUGUGGUCAACCGCGAGCCUGCCACGGCCAGACCUUUGAAUGAGGCCAUUCUGGACAACCUGCCGCCAGCUGACCACAGAAGCAUGAGAGAGCCCAGCAGAGGUCACCCAAGCCAACUCACAGAGUCACACGCUAAACAGAACGGCUGUUGUUUUGAGCUACUAAGUUUUGGGGUGGUUUGUUACGCAGCAAAAACUAACUGAUACACCCACCCUGCCUUAGAUGAACAAAGGCUGCCCCUUGGCCUCUGCCAUGUUGAAGUGACCUCAGUUCCACUGAACUUGGGGGGCCCGUCUCAAUGGCAGCUUCUCCCAGCAUCAUUCCUGGGCUACCAAGGAUGGCCACUGAUAUGUCCUCCGGGUCUUCUCAGGGGAGAUGGCCACAUGUGACAAAUCCACUCAAAUAUCCUUCCACAUUAUACCAGGAAUAUGGCUGUCAUCCCAUUUUCAUUCAGUGGAGGCCAAUGCCAAGUCCAUUUCCAGUAAGCAACCUGGCAAGUGGGUUAGAACCACUCCCAGCUGGUCCCACUGGUGCCCCGGGAUUCAGACUCCCCAGCAAGCGCAUCUGUAUCAGUGAAUGCAGCCCGAUCUACAAGUGUGUCUCUUCUUCCCUGGCCCAACACCCUUCCCGUACAUGUUUCCCCUUUUUUGCUGACAUAAAUUAGUAAAUGUUUACCAUUUUAAAAAAGAUAUAAACCUCACCCCCCGGGUUUGACUUUGUAUCUGCCCUCCAGGACAGGCUGGAACUGACUGUUGUUUAAGUCUGGGGGCUGGGAGGGUGACAGGGAUGCUGCGUGAGAAGAGUCAGCUUGUCCUGCAAGGUAGACCUCCAUGAGGUCAUUACAAAGUUUCCUGGGAGGGGAGAGCCUCUCCCGUCAGCCAUGGGGGCAGGGCUGCUCCUGCUGCCGCGAUUCAGGCUUGGGUGCCUGGAUUUAACUGCAGGUGACUAUUCCAUGCUUAGAGUCCCUCUCUUCCCCCAGAGGAUGCCCUGCCUUUCACACAGGAAACUUGGCGAGGCUGUGGAUUUAGUCUGCAGCACACAGGAUUAGAUGCUGCAUCUGAUUUUCAGCUGUAUCAUCCCUGUAACAGCCCCAAGAGAUGGGAAUUCUUUUAGGGCCAUUAUAAGAACUCCCUGGUACUCUAACUAGAGAGGAGUACCAGGUAACCUGGACUGAGGAUUUAAAGCCCUGGGACUAUUUACUUUUAAGAAACUCUUUGGUAUGACAAUAAAGAAAAAACUCACCCACGGUUCUUGAAUAAACAAUGCGUAUCAUAUUGUGUACGGAAGCCACAACGCAGUCUGCCGAAGCUAGGGGUUUAAUAGGUCCUUAGUUCUGGGCGAUUACAGGUAAUCGUUUUGCCACCGUGUGCUUUGACCUACUAGAUUUCAUUCUCUGACGGUUACUAGGUCCUCACUGUCUUGAAAUCAUCCAGAACUAGUAACCAAUUCCAGAUCCCCAUCCAGGAGGGUACAUUGCCUGCAAUUAUUUCUGGUAACCAAUCCUACGUUAAUUGGGAUUCAGCUGCAGAUAACUGGAACCACUUUAGUUGCUGAAGCAGAAGGGAAUAUAACACAGGAAAUCAGGUGAUCACAGAGCCAUGGCUGUUUGUGGGAGCAGGCUGGCGAGGGGGUCCUCCAGCAGUGACUCGGAAUAAUACUGCACGCUGGCCACCACCGUGGAGCUCCCGAAUGAUGGCUGGCUCCAGAGGCACGAUCUCGGGGCCAGGUAUUUUCUAUUCACCUCUCAGAUCCACUUGCCACUGUUUUCCACCCUGAACUCAUGCAUGGACUGUUGCGUCAGUGGGCUUUCUGGCCUCUGACUUCCAGUUGGGUUUGACCAAUGGGUGGCCCUGGCAGGAAAAAGGCGUUUGGAGGAGAGUGAGGUCAGGGUAUUUAGCCCUCUGGCUCUGCCCUUCUGCUGGGGGGUUGGCUGCAUCCUUUACCAGAAGCCACAGCCCCUCGCCGUGGCCCCUCUUAGCGCAUGUGUCAUUCUCUUCCUGGGCUCUGGAAUCCGUUCCUGCCUCUGCCCCCUUAGGCUUUGGAACUGGGACGGCUCCUAUACUGCUAGCCUCGGGGUGCGGUGCUAUGUCCUCUGGGUUCCCUAAACCCUGCCCCAGCAGUCCCUUUACUAAGUACUCUCCAGCUUCCGCAUUUGAGCGUGCCAUCUCUUUGCUGCCGGGACCCUGGGCAAUGCACCUACUAGAAUGCAAUCCAGGGCUCAGGAAGCUGCCACCCAAGCAUGGGAUCCGUAGCCAUGCUGUGCCCACUACACCUGCCCCAGCAAAAUGGGUGUCCAGGCACAUCUCCUUCUCACUGCAUUUUGUCACGAAUCCCGGUCUCGCGUGGGUGCUUCAGAAUGGCAGACUAAACCACGCGCCUCUGUGUCUUCCUCUGUAACGUGGGGAUAUGAAAGCACCUGCCUCUGAGGCUGGGUUCUAGUAAGGUUAAAGCCCUGACAGUUAGGCUUGCUUCGUCAGUUACUCAACAGAUACUCGCAGCAACAUCAGUAAUACCUUUUGUCAUUUUCAUAACAUUUCACGAACAGCCACCCUUUCCUGCUUGCACGCUUCUCAUCUGCUCUGCCCCCUUUUCUGCAGGAUCUGUCUGCAGAGAAGGGGUGGUUAGCUUCCGGUCACCCAGCACUGUCACCUGUCGCUAUGGAAACUUGCGACUUCAGCCUGGCUCAUGAAGAUUCAAGCUCUAGAGACCAGCUUGAGUCUGCCCCGCUGUCCUGGGAUCUCUCCUUCUGGAAUUCCUCUAGUCCUUUGCACGUUCCCUCUACCUGGAAUAUUCUUACCCAUCUUCUUCAACUGGCAAGCUCUUAUACAUCCGUCAAAGCCCACUUCCCCUUUGGAAAGACUUCCUGAUUGCCUAGGCAACAGUAGCCAUCAAUAUUUAUCCAUUGAGCCCCCUUUGUGCCAGGCGUUGCUCUAGGCACUGGGACAAAGGAAACCUUAACGGGGCUGUGGUAAAGAAUCAUGAGGGGAUCUACUCUUUAGAUAAGGCAGCUAGGGAGGCUUCCUGUAGGAGGAGGCACUUAAGCUGAUGAUAACAAUGCGAACUAAGCCAUUUUAGAAGCUGGCGUAGGGGCUUCUAGGCAGAGGGCACAGUGAGUGUGAAGACCCCGAAGAAGGAAGGUAUGUGUCAGUGUGGCUGGGAGGGCGUGAGGGCGGGAGAGGAUACGAGAUGAGGAUGGAGGUGUAGCUGGCGGGUCACAUGCGCACCUAGGGGCUGAGCUGGGCAGACUGGAUUUCUUUUUUUUUUUUAACAUCUUGAUUGGAGUAUAAUUGCUUUACAAUGGUGUGUCAGUUUCUGCUUUAUAACAAAGUGAAUCAGUUACAUGGAUUUCAUUUUAAGAGCUAUUGGACACCACUGACGGCUUUUGAGCGAGUUGGGAUGUGAAGUGGGUCCUCUGGUCGCCUGUGGAGAGCACCUCCUGGGUGGGAGGUGGGGUGCGAGUGGAGCUGGCAACGCGAGUCCAGCUGGUAGAGGCUCCCGCGUGGUCCAGGAGAGAGGCUGGGGGCGGGGAGCUGGAGCUGACAGUCUGCUGAUGGUGGGCCUGGGGGAAGCCGACUCCCAGCCUCUGGCCUCAGGAACUGGCUUGGUUUGCGUACCGGGGAGGCGAGAGGGAGAGAAGGAGGUGUGGCUGGGCCCCAGGGGCAGAGCUUUCCGGUGGGGCUGCAGUGGCUUCGCUUUCAGAGCAUCAGGCCCUACGGCCCCAGCAAGGAGGAAGCUCCGUGCAGACGCGGCCCGGCAGGCCCGGCAGAAGCCACAGGCCCUGGAGGAAGUGAGCUUCUUGCCCCUGCGGGGCCCCCGCCGCCCUAGGGAACCCGGAAGCUGUUUUGGUUUGGAAUCCGGGGACCACUGUUUGCGCUCCGUGGCCUUCGUUUCCUGGCGUGGAGGAAGCAGCAGGUGAGUCCUCGCCUCUGGGGCUUUCUGCUCGGCCGUCUGAGCUCACACGGAGGGAGGGCUCCGAGGGGCCUCGUGGAAACGGAGCCCAGAGAGCACAGGCUUAGCUGAGCCGCCACCGGGAGGGAGCCUGCAAGGCAGCCCUCUCGCCACCCAGGCUUAGAGGCGGCCGUCCCUCCAGCCCCAGAGGCCCAGACAGCCAGGAGGGCACUGGCCCACCUCUCGUGUAGCCAGGCCAAGAGUCUCCCUUUCCACCCUGUCAUCUCUCCUAAGCUUCAUCCGAUGUGUUGGGAGAGAAAGGCAAGCCCCAGUCUCCAGAUGAAGAAACAGAGGCCCAGGUCAGGGAAGGGGCUGCCCGGGGCUGCUGAUGGCUGGAGGCCGCUCCCAGCUCUGCGUCCACUCAGUUGCCUUUGGCGAGCAUCGAGUCCAGCCCCUCCUUGUAAGGAAAUAUCAGGACCAGAGAGGGGAGGGUAUUUGCCCAAAGUCACACAGCCAGAAUGAGGAGCUGCCAGCCUGGAACCCAAUCCCUCAACCCCCAGGCCAAGUUCUUUCCUGUCCUCUGGCCACACCCUGUGAACCGAAUCCCCUCCAAAAGGAAGCUUGGGAAUACGGGGGAUGGAGUUGGCCCAGUGGCUGUGUUCUCCCCGCUCCCACACUUUAGGGCAGGACGGAGCCAGUGCCCCAGCGUCCCCAGGCUGGCUGCCAGCGUGACAGGGCGGCUACAGCCCUGCGAAUGCUUCCGUGUCUCCGCAGCUCUGCGCCCUGCCGCUCCAGCCAGGCCUCCCCGGCGCUGGAGCUGACCACCAGCUUCUGCUGCAUGAGGGCCCUGCCCCAAAUGUCCGCUUGGGGUUGGGGGUGCUGGGGAAGACCCAGGGGCAGGAGAGAAAGUGGGAGGGCAGGGCCCUCAGCCGAGCAGGAGAGGAAGUGAGUCCAGGGGACCAGGAAGGAGGUUCUGAAUCUGCCGGGCCCGGGGGGAGCCUGGCCCCUGCCCCCGGCAAGGACGAAGAAGGGUACCUGUGGGCUCUGGGAAUGCUGGCCCUUCCUGGCGAGCAAAGAGAUCCCCAAACCACCACGACAGGCCGGGGUGACAAGCCCCGUUGUGGAGAACCUCGCUUAGAAUUGGGGCCAGGCAGGGCCAGGCCACCCCCUGAGAGCCCAACAUGCACCCCAGUCCCGUCCACUCACUCACAGUCUGCGGUGCCUCUCUGUGUCCCCCCGACUCAGGCGCAGGGCCCAGAGAGGACAGGCCUGCCGUCCCCCAACCCUGCGCCCGCAGGAGCUCCUGGUCUGCAGAUAUCACCCAUCGGGCCGGCAAGGCAGUGAUGGAGCCGGAGUCUCUCUACAACCUGCUGCAGCUGCCCGGGAGGGUGGACCAAGCGGCCGGGGUGACACUCUCACAAGGAGAAAAGAAGAAGUUCCUGCCACCCACUUCCAGGAAGGAUCCCAAACUUGAAGAACUGCAAAAGGUGCUGACGGAGUGGAUCAAUGCUAAGCUCCUGCCCGAGCACAUCGUGGUCCGCAGCCUGGAGGAGGAUAUUUUCGAUGGGCUCAUCCUGCACCACCUUUUCCAGAAGCUGACUGGAGUCAAGCUGGACGUGGAGGAAAUCGCCUUGACCGCGGCUAGCCAGAGACGCAAGCUCGCCGUGGUCCUGGAGGCCGCCGGCCAGAGCCUGCAGGUGGAGGAGCCGCAGGCCCAGUGGAGCGUGGAGAGUAUCUUCAACAAGGACCUGCUGGCCACCCUGCAUCUCCUCGUGGCCCUGGCCAAGUGCUUCCAGCCGGACCUGUCCCUCCCGACCAAUGUCAAGGUGGAGGUGAUCAUCAUGGAGAGCACCAAGAGUGGCCUGAAAUCGGAGAUGUCGGUGGAGCAGCUCACUGAGUGCGGCACAGACAAGGACCAACCUUCGAAGGACGUCUUUGACGAAUUAUUUAAGCUGGCUCCGGAGAAAGUGAACGCUGUGAAAGAGGCCAUAGUGAACUUCGUCAACCAGAAGCUGGACCGCCUGGGCCUGUCCGUGCAGAAUCUGGACACCCAGCUGUGUGGCUUUGGACCUGGACUUCUCUCAACCUCAGGCUCCUCUUUUUUGAAAAUGGGUGCAGGGAUACCAACCUCAGAGAACUUUUGCAGAUGGAGUCAUCUUACUCUUGCUGAUUGGACAACUGGAAGGCUUCUUCCUGCACUUGAAGGAAUUCUAUCUCACUCCCAAAUCUCCUGCGGAAAUGCUACACAACGUCACCCUGGCCCUGGAGCUGCUGAAAGAUGAAGACCUUCUCAAUCACCCCGUGAGCCCCGAAGACAUCGUGAACAAGGACACCAAGAGCACGCUGCGAGUCCUCUACGGCCUGUUUCGCAAGCACAAGCUGAAAGAAAGCACGGACGGGGAGCCCCUGGAAUCCCCAAAUUAACCGUCACAGCCCCCAAAAUCUGCUUCUCAGAGCCUGCCUGCCAGCCCCAGCUGGAGGUCCUGAGGGCCGCAGAGGGAUCUCCUCACCGCCCAGCCAGCCCCUGGGCCUCCCACUCUUACCCUGUGUGUCUGUGGCACGCCCCAGCCCCCCCUUCCCCCUCCGCUCUUUCCAUCUGUCUGAAUAUCUUUGAACUCACUAAGCGUGGAUUCGUUCUGAGCCAACCUCUGGCCUCGCUCAGUUUCUUUUAACAAAUGUAUUUCUGGGAGGGAUUUGGGGAGCCUGCCGUUGUCCUGGGAAGGGCCCCGCUAAAUGUACAUGAAUAUGAGCUGACCCCCCCCCCCCGCACGCAGCCUCUCUCCCCACAGGGUGGUGGGUGUGGGAGGGACUCUUGUCCCUGAGGCCACCCCUGGGGUAGCCGAGAGCCCAGCGGUGCUGACCUUCACUGGGGCCGAGGGUCCCGCCCUGGAGCAGGACCGCCCCUCAGGUGUCAGGGUUGACCUGACGGCGGAGACCCGCCUGCCCACACUCAGCUACUGCAGCCCGCCUGCCUCUCGAGUCGGGGGAUGGCCCCAGCAUCACCCUCCAGAGGCAGGGGCCCUAAGUGGCUCCAAAACCAGGCCGCUGUGCCCCUCGGGAAAGUCAGUUCAGUUACUUUUCAGAGGAACCGUGGCCCAGGCCCAGCCCUAUGGCCGCGAUGGUGAGCUUUGCCCAAAAGUCACAGAGAAGACGUCUUUGUGGCUGAUUAGUGGGUCAGAUCGUCUCCUAGUCGGUCCCCAAGGAGCUGCUGCGUGUGUGUGUGUGUGUGUGUGUGUUUGUGUGUGUGUGUGUGUGUCUGUCUGUCUCUGUCUCUCUCCAGCGAGACUCAGCACUUGCUGCAUACAUUUCUCAAAGCAAAAGUCCCUGUGGAAGGAUUGAACAGGGAUUCCCAGAGCUGACAUCAGAUGGGCACCAGCCUGGAGGAAGCAGGGUGGGCGGGGCUGGGGGGUAGGGAGGGCCCACAGGGGAGGGCGGGGCGGUGGACCCUGGCUGGUGCUGGGCUCCUUCCUGCUCUCCCAGCUCCAAGCCCCUGUGGAGGACAGAGCCUACUAGGUCUGGGGUUGUCACAGUUUGACAGCCUUGGAUUGGGGGAGGGGCUUUGGGGCAGGGGGCCGGCAUGGGCCAGGCCAUCUUUGCCAGACCAGCAGCUGGAGAGUGGAGAAUGUCCUGCCUACAGGGAGGGACAUAAGGAACCCUUGGAGCUGGUGUCUGAGUGUGAGAGAGUCUCAGAGUGGUCUUCCCUCCAACCCACCCGCCAUCCACAUGCUCCCCUUACCUCCUGAUUCACAGAUAAUUAGGUGUAGAUGAGACCAUGAGGAUGGGGCCCCUGUGAUGGGAUUAGAGUCAUUAUAAGAAAAGAGAGAUCAGAGCUCUCUCUCUGCCAUGUGAGGACACAGCAAGAAGGUGGCCAUCUGCAAACCAGGAAGAGGGCCCCCACCAGGCACCAAAUCACCUGGCACCUUGAUCUUGGACUUCCCAGAUACCAGAACUGUGAGCAAUAAAUGUCUGUGUUUAAAGACA